AAACAGAAAGGCAAUUGUCCCGGCAGUGAGGCACGGAGAGGCUCUAUGAAUAGAUGGAGCAAAUCCAAUGGAAGAAGCUGAGAUUCCGGCAAAAGAUCUUCCUAUAAGCCUCGUGUUCGGCAAAUAGAGCUCUCCGGAGGGAGGAUCAAAGCCGUCUGAACGCCAUUCGGAGAAUGGUAACCCCCCAUCCGUACGUAAGAUGACUAUGUCAAGUGCGGCACAUACCCAGCGGUACCCUGUUCAUCAGUGAAUGCAGUUCGCCCUGGUCUCGACAUCGUCUAUGGUCGAGCUUUUACGUACCAAAAAGUUCUCAUACCUUCCAUUACAAUGACUUCACACGAGCGUCCACAUAUCAUAUUUGGCACUGCGGCCUUUGGAACUGGAUCACCUCUGGCCAAAAUUCAAGAUGAGGAAACUGCAGUGCCGAUUAUUGCCACCCUCCAAGCUAGAAAUGUGACCGAUGUGGAUACAGCUCGCGCAUAUCCCGUGGGCUCUCCAGGGGCAGCAGAAAGACUUCUUGGUGAGUUAGGAGUUCCUACCUGGGCCAACCUCUCGACCAAGGUCAAUUCUUGGGCGCCUGGCACCCACACUGCGGAACGAAUCCAGCAAAGCGUGGCGGAGUCGUUCGAAGCAUUGAAGACGGACAAGGUGGACAUCAUGUAUCUGCAUUCACCGGACCGCCUUACUCCGUUCGAGGAGACAUGCCGAGCCAUGGAUGCUGAAUACCGCAAAGGAAAGUUUGCCCGUUUUGGCAUCAGUAACUACAAAGCAGAUGAAGUCGAGGAGAUCGUGACGAUCUGUGAGAAGCACGGCUUUGUCAAGCCUAGUGUGUAUCAAGGCCGAUACAAUCCUGUCAUCCGAUCUGGGGAAACGCAUUUGUUUCCUGUCCUUAGACGCCAUGGGAUUAGCUUCUAUGCAUAUAGUCCAGCUGCCGUGGGUCUUUUCACAGGAAAACUCUCGCAGGACCCGAGCCAACUUGUCGGAUCCCGAUGGGAUGGCAGUACUGCCUCGGGAAAGAUCUAUCAUGACGCUUAUUACAAACCGGCAGUGAUUGCGGCAGCUCAGAGAGUAGCAGAUGCAGGUGCAGCAGCUGGAGUUAGUGGACAUGAACUAGCAUUGCGGUGGACGGUCUACCACUCGGCAUUGAGCCAUGAACACGGGGAUGCGGUGCUUAUCGGCGCGUCAAGUUUGGCACAGCUGAUUCAAAAUCUUGAUGCCGUCGACGCGGGUCCCUUGAAUGAAGAACUGGCGAAGUUGGUCAGCAACGUGGGAGAUCUUGUCGUGGAUGAAGCAGCUGCAUACCACGUUUAAUUAUGGUACCACCUCCCCGGGGGGUGUCGAUUGUGGU